AUGUUAAUUUGGGGUGAGUUCCUUGCGGAAUUCAACGCCAAGUACUUUCCUCGAGAGGCGCAUGUUCGUUUUCACUUGCGGUUUAUGUUGAUAUCGCAGGGUGAUCAUUCUGUUCGCCAGUAUGAUGCCGAGUUUAGAGUUAGAGGAUGUGUUUCGGUCGCUGAAGGGAUUACCACCAUAUCUGACUCCGAUAAGACGCCUUACAGGAUGGCGCCAGCUGAGUUGGCAGAGCUGAAGAAGCAGAUAGAGGACCUUUUGUCUAAGGGGUUCAUUCGACCGAGUGUUUCACCGUGGGGAGCACCGAUCCCGAUAGAUGAGGCAGAUGUCAGGAAGACUGCUUUCAGGACGCGUUAUGGGCAUUUUGAGUUUGUGGUUAUGCCUUUCGGUUUGACUAACGCGCCGGCAGCCUUCAUGAGAUUGAUGAACGACGUGUUCAGGGAGUAUUUGGAUGUGUUUGUCAUCAUUUUCAUUGAUGAUAUUCUGGUAUACUCGAGGAGUCAGGAGGAGCAUGCGACUCACUUGAGAGGGAGUUUUGUGGAUCCGGCUAAGAUUGAGGCUAUCAGAGAUUGGCCUAGACCUAGUAGUGCCACAGAGAUCAGGAGUUUUCUGGGUUUGGCAGGAUACUACAGGAGGUUCGUCAAGGGGUUUGCUACCAUGGCGCAGCCGAUGACGAAGUUGACCGGGAAGGAUGUCCCUUUUGUUUGGUCAGCUGAGUGUGAGGAGAGCUUUAGUCAGCUCAAGGAGAUGUUGACUACUACACCAGUGUUGGCGUUACCCGAGCCAGGGAAGCCUUACAUGGUGUAUACAGAUGCUUCAGGCAUUGGUUUGUACAGGUCUUACAGAUCACAAGAGUUUGCAGCAUAUCUUCACUCAGCCGAUGAUGAACGCGAGACAGACGCGCUGGUUGAGUUCUUGGCGGACUAUCAGGUGAGCAUUAACUACCAUCCGGGCAAGGCUAACCUAGUGGCGGACGCGUUGAGUAGACGGAGGUAUGAUUCAGUUGAGCGAGAUGUGGAGUCUCUAGGUUGGCGAGAUCAGUACCUUGCGUUUGUGUGCCAUUUCGCAGGAGCCUUUGGGUUUAGGCAGUGGAUCAGGCGGAUCUACUUAGCAGGAUCAGAGUUGCUCAGCAGAGUGAUCAGAGUUUGCUAG